AUGGUCUCGGCAGCGCGCGUGCAGUCAACUGCAACGAGGCGGAGUUUCUGGCACCUCGUUGGUGUCGGCCUGGUGUGCGUGGGCGCGACCGGCGGUGGUGGGGCGCUGCUGUACUACCGCUGCGUGUGGCUCCGCGAGCAUCAGCGUGCUCUGCAGCUGUCGAGCAUGCGGCCGCCACUGCGCCGCACUCGGCCAUACGUUGCGGGCAGUGGCGAUGCCGGGGGCGUUGAGGUGAGGCAGAAAAGUCUGCCUGGCGUUGUUUUCUACGGUCUGGUCACGGUGCGCUUGCUGCUGCUGAUUGUGUGUGUGGUGCCGGUGAUGUGGUACGCGUUCCUCACAUACGGUCUCGGGCUGUGCUCGGAGCAGGUGCUCUUUGCGAAGCUGCGCGAUGCGCUGACGGCUAUGGGGCCGAGUUACAUCAAGUUCGGGCAGUGGAUGGCGACGCGGCCGGACUUUUUCCCGCCCGCGCUCUGUGCCUCGCUCGAGAAGUUGUACGACAACACCGAGCCGCACCGAUGGGCACACACUGAGAAGCUGCUGCGCCGCACCUUCUGUGAAGCCGCCGCACCUGACGCGAAGGUGACGAAGAAUGCCACCAAAACAAUAACAGAAGCAGAUGGAGACGGAGAAGGUGGUGGGGGAGAAGCAGCGGCGGCAGGAAUAGGCGAAGCACAAGGGGCGAUGGAGUCACACCACAACGGGCUGUAUUAUCUGCGCGAAAUCGAAACAGUGCCUGUCAACAGUGGCAGCAUUGCGCAGGUACACCGCGGUGUGUUGCGUGAGGAGGUGGACGGUAUUCCUGCGGGCACGGAGGUUGCCAUUAAAGUCACGCACCCGUACAUCCGUGAGUGCAUCUCCGCCGACGUCGUGGUGAUGCGCAUAUUCGUGGGCCUCCUCACCUUCUUUGUGCCCGGCGCGGCAUACUUCGACUUGCACCGCAGCCUGCGCGAGUUCUCAUCCUUGAUUAGCUCACAGCUGGAUUUGCGCCAGGAGUGCGACAACUUGCAGCAGUUUAUCUACAACUUCCGUGACCUCCCUGGUGUUAUAUUCCCUAAGCCUCUCCCCUCUCUGUGCAACGAGGAUGUCUUGAUUGAGACAUUCGAGGAGGGCCAACCGCUGCAAGAGCUUCAGAGCGGCGCUGACCACCGCGAUGUGGCGGAGCGCGGCUGCCACAUGUUCAUCAAGAUGCUAUUCGAGGAUAACUUUGUGCACUCCGACCUGCACCCCGGCAAUCUGCUGCUGCGCACGAACCCCGGCGCGCCGCUCUACGCGAUAUCCCCCUCCUCCGCUGCUGCUGCUUCUGCUGCUGGCGCCUACCCGGAUGGGAAGGUGAAGCUGCGGCACGAGCUUGUUGUGCUCGACCCUGGCCUCGUGACGAUGCUGUCGAAGGAGGAGCGCAACAACUUCAUCGCUCUCUUUGCCGCGGUGGCGUGCGGUGACGGCGAUCUCGGCGCCGAUCUGAUGCUCGACCGCAUGCCUGAGGCGUCGCCCAGUCGGCGGCGCGACGUGAGCCGCGAGAAGUUCCACGCGGACAUGCGGGAUAUCUUCAACCUCGUCGCGCCGGGCAACUCGGAGGGGUUCAAGCUGAGCAACAUCCGGAUCGGCCCGGUGCUCGGGAAGAUCAUGAACACCCUGCGUGAGAACCAGGUGACGAUUGACGGCAACUUCGCGUCGCUCGUGUUGACAGUGAUUGUCGGCGAGGGGCUCGGCAGAAAGCUGACGCCGGACUUCAACAUAUUCGCGGAGGCCGCGCCGUACCUGAUGGCGCUGCUCGAGGAUAGCGAGCUGCGCUUUCUCGCGUGGAAGCUGCGGGAUACCUACGGUACAACGGCGCUGCUGCGGGAUUCGGUGCACUUUGUGAAGCUCGAGCGCACUGCGACGUACGCAGAGAUGGGGAUGAAGAAAGCGGCCAAAACGCUGGGCCGCGUGCGACGCGUGCUGCUCGGCGAAACAGCAGCAGAUGUGAGUGUAAGGGAAGAUGAGUACGAAGGAGAUGCAGCAGCACCAACAUUGGGCACUAGUUCCCCCUGA